UGAGAAUCUAGUUGACCUAAAACGCCCUACAAACAAAAAUCUUUCAAAAAAAUUAAAUAGGGCAAAUCUCUAGGGGUGCUUCUUAAACCAUAGGCUGACAUCCAGGGCGGUGCUGGAGGCUGAGUUAGCUAGUGAAAUGUUGGAAACAAUGGACGCCGAAACCUCCUUUCCGCCGGCCAGAGAUUCCACGAGCAGUGUCAUGUGUCGAUUAACUGACCCGGAUGGCACAACGCUUGGAGCUCAGAUGUACCUUCCUGAUUCUGCUGGUCCCAAAGAGCUCAGUCAAAUGGUCAACAAGCUACUUAACAACGAUGAGAAACUGCCGUAUGCAUUUUAUAUCUCAGACCAAGAACUGGUGGUGCAUCUUGGCUCAUAUUUAGAAAAGAACAAAGUUUCUGUAGAGAAAGUAUUGACUAUAGUAUAUCAACCUCAAGCUGUUUUCCGGAUUCGUCCUGUAACCCGAUGUUCUUCAACAAUUGCAGGUCAUAAUGAAGCUGUACUUUCAGUGGCCUUCAGCCCUGAUGGACAACAUCUAGCAAGUGGCUCAGGUGAUACCACAGUUCGUUUGUGGGAUUUGAACACGCAGACACCAUUAUUCACAUGCAAAGGUCAUAAAAACUGGGUUCUUAGCAUUGCAUGGUCGCCUGAUGGUAAGCACCUUGUGAGUGGAAGUAAAGCUGGAGAAAUUAUAUGCUGGGAUACACAGACUGGGAAGCAAUUGGGCAAUCCUCUUGCUGGUCACAAGAAAUGGAUAACUGGUAUCUCCUGGGAACCCGUACACCUAAGUGCUCCAUGUCGUCGUUUUGUAAGUGCCAGUAAAGAUGGUGAUGCACGGAUAUGGGAUGCUACAUUAAGGAAGUGCGUUAUUUGUCUUAGUGGUCACACACUUGCUAUCACUUGCGUGAAAUGGGGCGGUGAUGGAGUGAUAUACACAGGAUCCCAAGACUGUACAAUCAAAGUAUGGGAAACUUCACAAGGAAAGCUCAUCCGUGAAUUGAAGGGCCAUGGACAUUGGGUUAACUCAUUGGCAUUAAGCACUGAGUAUGUACUUCGAACUGGUGCUUUUGAUCACAAUAAUAAACACUUUUCUUCUCCGGAGGAAAUGAAGAAGGUAGCGUUAGAAAGGUACAAUAAAAUGAGGGGUACUGCUCCUGAGAGAUUGGUUUCUGGAUCAGAUGAUUUCACAAUGAUCCUGUGGGAACCAGCUGUCAGCAAACACCCCAAAACACGCAUGACAGGUCAUCAGCAGCUUGUCAAUCAUGUUUAUUUCUCUCCUGAUGGACAAUGGAUAGCUAGUGCCUCAUUUGAUAAGUCAGUCAAGCUAUGGAAUGGUAGCAGUGGAAAGUUCAUUGCUGCUUUCCGUGGUCAUGUUGGGCCUGUCUAUCAAAUUAGCUGGUCAGCUGACAGUAGGCUGCUUUUGAGUGGGAGCAAAGACUCAACUUUGAAGGUUUGGGAUAUUCGGACGCACAAGUUGAAGCAAGACCUUCCUGGCCAUGCAGAUGAGGUGUUUGCUGUUGACUGGAGUCCAGAUGGUGAGAAAGUUGCCUCUGGUGGCAAAGACAAAGUUUUGAAGCUGUGGAUGGGUUAAUAUACUACGUAUUAUAUAUAUGUCACACAAUAUCACCUGGAAGAUAAAAUUUUGGUUCUGUUGGGUUAGGGUUUCAAUCUAAAGGUCUUAUAGUGUGAGCACAAACCAUAUUUUUUUUUUGUUGGAUGGAGUUUCUUUCUGUUAUAAAAACUUUAGCGGCUCUUGUAUGAAAUACAAUUAAUCUUUUUAGUACACUACUCCGCAUAUUAAAUUCAACCCUUCCCUCUA